AGCCAGCGCCAACCUCCAUCCAUCCAGCCCAGCUCCAGCUCCAACCCCUCACCCGGCUCGCCCAUCCGCCUCCUCUCUGCUGCGUAGAUUUGACUGUUCCUCAACAUCUCCAGCUUCACCUCCAUAAUCCCACUCUUACUUCAACCAAUCCUCGCCUCCACAGCUCCAGCUUACCUGAUGCGUUCCAGAUAACGGCUCAGAACCCACUCGUAGCACGCAAUGGCGGCAGCUACUAUCUUCACAAGAGGAGCUCCUCGCCCUCUCCUCUUCUCUCGCCAUGCCUCCAGACUCUCUCGCACAGCAGCAACAGGAAACAUGUCUGGUGUACGAGCUCUCUCCUCUUACCUUGUCACUCCGACCGAGCUGCACGCUGCUCUCAAGAAGAACUCUCCUUCCAAGAUCUCUACAGCUCCACGAACUGUCGCCCUCUGCGCAAGCUGGUUCCUUCCCAAUGAUGGACGCAAGGGUCUCGAUACUUUCCGCGAGAAGCGUAUCCCUUCUGCACGGUUCUUUGACCUCGACAAAGUCAUUGAUAAGCGCUCUCCCUACCCGCAUAUGCUGCCUUCCGCUACAGACUUCGCCAAGGCGAUGAGUGCAUUGGGAAUCAAGCAGGAUGAUACGGUUGUGGUCUAUGAUAGUGCUGAGCAGGGUAUUUUCUCUGCGCCGAGAGUGGGAUGGACAUUGAAGGCUUUUGGACAUGAUUCCGUACAUGUGCUGAAUAACUUCAAGCUGUGGGUAGAACAGGGUCUACCGACUGAAAGUGGAGAAUUCUGGGAUGUGGAUACCUGCGUCUAUCCUAUUCCCGAGUUCGAUGCUAGCAAAGUCGUGGAUUUUGAGGAGGUAAAGGAGCUGGCGAAGGACUAUAAUAAAGAGGGUGCAGAGGGAGUGCAGAUUCUGGAUGCGAGGUCAGUGGGUAGAUGGAGUGGAAAGGAUCCUGAGCCAAGGCCAGGAUUGGAGUCUGGACAUAUGCCAGGCAGUAUCUCCGUCCCGGUAUCAGAACUGUUGGAUCCGGUGAAUAAGACUAUCCUUCCAGGAGAUCAAUUGAGGAAGAUUUUCGAGUCGAAGGGCAUUGAUCCUGCAAGACCGAUCAUCAACAGUUGUGGAACUGGUGUCACGGCUGCUGUGAUCGAUGCGGCCUUGGGUGAAGCUGGAUAUGGAUCGGCGGACAAGCGGAGAUUGUAUGAUGGGAGUUGGACGUAAGUUGCUGCAUACCCAGCAAAUCUGUCCCUGCUAACAUGUCACAGAGAAUGGGCACAACGGGUCAAACCUUCAGACAACCUGAUAAUCAAGGAACAGUAAAUGGAUGGCAGGAACACGGAUGGGGGACUUUAUUUUCUUUUGUCGAUGCAUUUCAGCGUUUUGCAUGUGAUGGAUACCCACAGCUCUCUUCUCUACCAAAACAAUCCUGCUCCUCUGUAUAUGGCGAUGAUGUCUUGUAAAAUGGAUACCAAAAUAAUGAAUGGUCGUUUCAGGUCACUUCUUUACCGUCCUCUUAAGAUUCACUGUUUGUGUUUCCAACUCGCUUUCGCGAGCGUCAGAAAGUCAUUGAUUACUCUCUCGAGGGUGCAAAUGCUUUGAAAUCCACUUCCCAAGUGCGAGCUCUCUAUUCUGCCACUUAUAUAUAAAUACGCUCCACUGAUGAACGAUAACCAGCAGGUCUCGCACAUACGUCACAGCGAACACUCAUAUCCCUUCCUUGUUCCUACCGCUGUAGAGUACAUGCAUUCCCUCGCUCAGAAUGC